UAUCUACGUAUUAUCUUCUAUCGCGACCUAGCGACUAGCGACUCCUGACCUUAUCCUAAACACACAUCAUCCACAUCCACUACAUCACUCCCCACACAAACACCCAUCACCACCUCCCACAACCCAACCCAGUCCAAAGCAAGCCAAUUAAUCCACCCCGCAUAUCCCCUCACCAACGAACCAACCCCAAGAUCUCACCAACACUACCCCAAACCAAUCCACCACCAAACAACAAGACCAAAAAGGAAUCAACAUGGGCAACAUCUGCUCCCGAUCCUCCAACCCUUCCGACUCCGAAGCCUUCUCCACCCCCGGCCGCGUCCUCGGCUCCAACCCACCAGACGAUCCCGCCCCGCGCGCCCCGCUCCCAUCCAACGCCAAAUCCAACCGGACUGGAACGGGGACUGGAACGGGGACUGGUCGAACAGUAGGUUCUGCGCCUGCGUCGGAGAAUACGGAGGGGACCGCGGAUGCGAGGGUGAAUGCCGCGUUGGCGGCUCAGAAACGAGCCGAGUCCGCGUCGACGGCGAAUAAAGGAAAGCUGGGGACUAAGUUGGCGGCGCAAAAGGCGCAGACGCAGACGCAGACGUUGAAUCAGGCCAGUCGGGAUGAAAUUGCCGCGAGGGAUGCGGAUGGGGCGGCGGAGACGAGGAGGUGGCAGUGAUUGUUGAUUGAUAGUCUCACGGAUGGUGAGAUAUCGUUGAUUUGUUGGUUGGAGUUGCUUUGCGGUUUAGCGUUACAUUUAGAUCGUUUCGGCCGGAUUGGCUGUUGAUACCAUAGCUGACUUGUCUUUACAUGAUGUGAUUCAGAGG